AUGAGUGCGCGUACCGUGUACGAUAGCCAUCUGUCAUGGUCCAUCUUGCUCCAAGACCCCUCGGUGCGCGUCAGCAAGGAAACCAAUCAGACCGACGCCUUUCAACGCGAAAGUGUCGGCUCCGUCGGCAACAACAUCGACAUGGCCAUUUGCUGUUUGUCGUUUGUCGGAGCCAUGGCCAUCAUCCUACCCUACAUGCUCAAUAGGAAGAGCCGCAAGCUUCGUCACAUUCUUAUUCUCGGCCUUGCCACCAGCGACCUCGUCACCUCGAUCGCCAUCAUCAUCACCACCGCCCUCCUCGUUUCCAACGUCAACCUCGUCCGCCACAAUGCUCCUUGCACCUUUCUCGGUUACAUCCUCGUCAGCUCCAUCUUUUCACAGCACCUUUGGAACCUCUCGAUCGCCAUUGUCACCUACGUCAUCCUCGUCUUUCCGCUGUCCUCCUUCACCCUCACCGUCGAGAGGCGCGUCCGCUGGCUCUGGCCCAUCUUCUGGCUUAUCUCUUUCAUCGUCAACGCCAUCCCCUUUGGCUUUGGCGGCUUCGGCUUCCGUGGCGGCUACUGCGCCAUCACCACCGGCUUCUACUUUUCCAGCAUCUUCCAAUUUGUCCCACGUGCCAUUGUCUUUGUCGUCAUUCUCUGCCUCUACACCCACCUCUUCUUCUUCCUUCGUCGAACUAACCUCUUUAGCAAGGCGCACACCUCCAACUCGCUCAGCCAAAAAAACCCUCACAGCCUUCACCGAUCACAACACGCUAGUCACACCAACCAGCUCAACACCGCCAACCCUUCCUGCAACACGCAGCAGCCCCACCACCAUCCUUUCACCAACGAGGCCAGUCUCACUGCCAACGCCCACACCCUCUUGCCCGCUUCCGCCGCUUCCGCCGCUUCCGCUGCUUCCGCUGCUUCUGCCACUUCGUCCGCUGCGGCUCAUAGCCGAAAGACCUCCUCCGGUAGCCGCAUCAUGCCACCCGUGCUCAACAAGAACGACUCCAACCUCCAUCUCGCUAUCCGUCGACGCUCCUCGUCGCUCGGUGACGUGGACAACAGCCUUGAGCUGGCUACGCUCGAAUCUGCAUCCCGCCGCAAAGGUUCGGCCUCGGAUGCGCCAGCGAGCACAACCGAUCCUGCACUCUCGCGUCUGUUGCCCUACAGCAUUCACCCCAACCCCACCGCUCCAGCUCAGCAGCUGUCCACCUCGUCACCGCCCGUCACCUAUGCACUGCUCGACCCUAACUACUCUAUGGCGCCGCGUCGUCCCGCGCCCAGCGACCUCGAUAUUGAGAGCGCAAACGCACCUCACCAUGGUGACACUCUGAGCCUCGGUGCGCCUUCGCCAUCCGACUCGUCGUACGCGGGCACCGGUCGCGCAUCGACCAUGUCGACCAGAGGCUCAGCAGUGCCGCUCAAUGCUUCUUUUGCUGCAGCAGUAGCCACCACCGCCCCCACACGACGCUCCGGCGAGUCGCUCAAGGCUACAAAGCGUCGCAUGACUGCCGAGGCGUCGUCGAGUGUCGACCUGGAUCCCUCGUCGACACCGAGGUUCGGUGACACUCUGGUGCAGCGUCGUGCAUCGGCGGGCGAUUCACGCUACGUCUCGGCCACCGCUGACAGCGACACGGACGACAGCGAAGGCAUGGAGGAUCUGCAUCCGGGACACAUGCGUCCGCGCAAAGACGCGCCAGAUUUCGACAUGAUGUCGCCUCCCGUCGAGCAUCUCAAGCACCGCACUGCACUGACGAGUAUGCGCAGCUAUGCACGCAUGGCCGACAUUCUCGCCAUGGGUGAAGAUGAGAUGGCGCGCGCGCGUCAGGGUGGAGUUGCAGGCGAACGACGCAGUAGCGCAGUGCAGAUCCUGCCGGGUGAAGUGGUGGUCGAGAUGCCAAGCAAAGAAGCGUUUGAAGAGCAGCUGGGCAACGACUGGCAGUGGGGAAUGAACGUCACCGCUGGCCCGCACACGACGCGAGAUCAUGCAUCUUGGAGACUGCUGCGCAACGCACGCCACGCUGGCCAAAAAGACGAAGCAGGACUCGGCACGGAAACGUCGUCGACGUCGUCGGCUGACGAAAACGGCGUCGACACAAUCGGCUCUACGCUGAAUCGUCAGGCUUCGCUGCUGUUGCUUCUGUAUCCAGGAGCAUACUGUCUGCUGUUUAGCAUCUCGAUUGCAAGACUCUCGGUGGACCUGGCGGAUCCAGGAGCGAGCGUACGUAAUGCACACGAUUGGCUACACUCGUUGAGCAGAUGGUUGAUCUUUGCUCAAGGUGCGAUUGAUGCUCUCAUCUUCCAGUUUGUAGAGCGACAGUUCCGACAGAGAAUGAAGCGCAGGAGGCGCAAGGCGAUGGGCGAAGACGUCCAGGAUAGUCUCACCUACAGGAUGGCCAAAAAGGUGGUCGUUGGAGUCAAGAGCAGUUGGCAGCUUACCAGUCGAACCGCGCUCCCAGAUAAGGGUCAGUAG